AUGCGGCAUUACAAUGUACGUGAGAUUAACGGCCGGCGUGUAAACCCUGACGACGGCACGCUGGAGUAUUGUGUGCGGUGGGACGGCUACGACAGUCUCUGCGACACGUGGGAGCCACGCAGUAAUCUUGCCGUAACUUGCGCUGGGCCGAUUACGGAUAUCGACACCCAUGCACAUCACACCGCCCUGCAGCGAAUAGCUUUGUGGGCCAACAAUCGUCGAGCAACAAAGCACGGAAGGAAUGAUAACGACAACAAUAACAAGAACGAUAAUGAUGAUGAUAAUACAACAGACACACCGCCACUGCACGGCAUUGUUGUACAUACUGGUAGUAGUGGUAAUAGUGAAGAGACAUCGCUUGUGGGAUUGGGCGAGUGGGUUCUCACAGGUGGGGCCUCUCGUGGACUGAAUCCCACAAAGAAGAAGAAAGCACCGGGUCCACAAGAAUACGAACCCUCCUGUGAUCCCGCUCUUUCGCUGGAAAAGAAAUGGCGUGACCAGCACGCUAUUAGUUUCAUGCAUACUUGUGCUGUUGCCACUUGCCGUACACCAGCUGCGUUGGAGUUUGAGUUGGGCUCCGGUGUGGAUGCGUGUCAUGACGCGUCUAGUAUAGAGAUUCACGGUAUCGCACCCGCUAUACUUGUGAAGAGUGGACAGGCGUACAGCAGCGUGGCGAGUUGCACGCCGCUGAUUGGACGUGAGGAGGCUGAACAUCUACGCAGUCAAUGCAACUUUAGCCCGGCCCUCGCACGCACUACUCAAGAGCUCAUUCGAGGGAAGCGGGAUCGUCUCGUGGUGCGGUAUUUUAUUGGUGAGGGAGAUGGUGAACACGACAGAACACUCUACACUAUGCCGUUAUCUGUCUUUCGUCGCUUUUAUCCACAGUUGUUGCUGGAUUAUCUUCUUCGUCACACAUUAGUUAUGGAGUCUCCGUAA